UCUCCCCGCUGUCGGGCCUCCCUCCCCCUGCGGGUGGGUCACGCGCCUGCGCAGAGCCGGCCUCCUUCACCUCCGCGUCGCUCCUGCUUCCUCUGCGGUCGCCCCCGGGUACCUUUCCCCUCGAGCGAAGCCAGGCGGCGGCGGCCAUGGCGGACACGGCGCAGAACGGGCCCAUGCAAGGCGGCGCGGGCGGCGGAGCGGUGCAAUUUCUGAUGACUAACAAGUUGGACACAGCAAUGUGGCUUUCUCGUAUAUUCACAGUUUAUUGUUCAGCUUUAUUUGUCCUUCCUCUUCUAGGGUUGCACGAAGCAGCUAGCUUUUAUCAGCGGGCUUUGCUGGCAAACGCGCUCACGAGCGCCCUUCGACUCCACCAAAGGCUGCCGCAUUUCCAGUUAAGCCGGGCAUUCUUGUCUCAGGCCUUGCUGGAGGACAGCUGCCACUAUCUUUUGUAUUCUCUCAUCUUUGUUAAUUCCUACCCCAUUACAAUGAGCAUUUUCCCAGUUUUGCUGUUUUCGUUGCUUCAUGCUGUGACCUACACGAAGAAAGUUCUUGAUGCACGAGGGUCGAAUAGUCUUCCUUUCCUAAGAAAUUUAUUGGACAAGUUAAAUGCUAAUCAACAAAACAUCUUAAAAUUUAUAGCCUGCAAUGAAAUCUUCUUGAUGCCAGCUACCGUGUUUAUGCUUUUCAGUGGCCAGGGAAGCUUGUUGCAGCCUUUUAUUUACUACAGAUUUCUUACGCUCCGUUACUCCUCCCACAGAAAUCCCUACUGUCGGACUCUCUUCACAGAAUUGAGGAUUGUUGUUGAGCAUCUCAUAAUGAAGCCUUCCUGCCCUGUAUUUGUACGAAGACUCUGCAUCAGCAGCAUUUCUUUUAUAAGCAGACUGGCACCAACACUGGCAUAGCCAAUGCUGGAAACCUGCGUACGCCUCUCUAAUGAACAUUCUGAGCAGCUGGUAUUUCUGCUGGUGAUUUAUAAAUUCAGGAUCUCGGUCAAGGUUGUAUAGAAAUGUUUCCUUCCAAGAGUCUGUUUUGUGGAUUGCAUCUAUGUUUUUUUUAAAGGUCUGUUUUUCUUUCCAAACUGAUGUUUUGUGGAAGAUGAACGCUUGUCAUCUUAGGCAAAAUACUUUUUAGGCAAUCAUUUAUCUGUGUUGUACGAUAUGGUUUAUGUGUUGUCGUGAUUUCAUUAAUACUGAAUGCAAAAUACUUCUUCAAAACAAGAAACCAUGUCAGGCAAUACUAGCUGGAUUGUGUCUAGCAAAUAUGAAAUGUUGCUGUAGUGUACCUGAUAGCUCUCGGGGUUCGCAUUUGAAAUACCUUUCUAUGCGGUACAUUUGAGUCAGUAUUCCUUCAGUGAGUAAAUGGAAGAAACUCAGUCAACUGAAUCAUAAUUAACACAAACCAGUUGGUGUCUGUUCUGAAUAUGAACAAUAGGUCUAAACAUCUAAUUUUGUUGUUCUGAUUUAUUUAAUGCUUUUGAAAUGGAAAGCCCCCCAUCCUUCUCCAGCUGUAUCUUUCUUGAUCAAUACUUCUUUACGCUAUCUGAAUGCCCUAUUACUUUUGCUGUCUUCUGAAACUGGGAUUCGUAAAAUGCCAAUCUGUGAAACGUUUGAAUAAUAAAGAUGGAUGUUAUGUUUA